CCAGGUCCUACUGUCUGUCUCUUUCCAGGCAUUUAAUACCUCCAAGAUUCAGGUUUGCAUUUACAUGUCUUCCUUGUGCAUCCCUGACAACAGAGCCUAUUGCCAGCUGUCUUAACUGAAGAAUAGUAAUCCUCCUCUUCUUCUUAUUGCCAUGAGGAAUACAUACACCCUCUUUCUCUUUGUAGUGGGCUCCUUUUAUUUUAACGGAAGCACCGCAGCAGAUGCUGAAGAAAAGCUAAUGAACCACCUACUGAGUCCUGACAGGUACAAUAAGUUAAUUCGACCAGCUGUCAACUCAUCCCAGUUGGUAUCUAUAGAACUGCAGGUUUCCCUGGCACAGCUCAUCAGCGUGAAUGAACGGGAGCAGAUCAUGACCACAAACGUCUGGCUGAACCAGGAGUGGAUUGAUUAUCGUUUGGCUUGGAAGCCCUCUGACUAUGAAGGAAUAAAUAAGCUGAGAAUACCUGCAAAACAUAUCUGGUUGCCAGACAUUGUGCUUUACAACAAUGCGGAUGGCACAUACGAAGUUUCACUAUACACAAAUGCAAUUGUAAAGAAUAAUGGAAGCAUUCGCUGGUUACCACCAGCCAUUUACAAGAGCGCCUGCAAGAUUGAAGUCAAGCAUUUCCCAUUUGAUCAACAAAACUGCACAUUAAAGUUCCGGUCUUGGACAUAUGAUCAUACAGAAAUUGAUAUGGUGCUUAAAACUUCCAUGGCAAGCAUGGACGACUUUACACCAAGUGGAGAGUGGGAUAUUGUAGCGCUCCCAGGAAGGAGGACUGUAAAUCCUCUGGACCCCAAUUAUGUCGAUGUGACAUAUGACUUCAUUAUUAAAAGGAAACCUCUUUUUUAUACCAUCAAUCUUAUCAUCCCCUGUGUGCUAAUUACAUCCUUAGCCAUCCUGGUGUUCUACUUGCCUUCAGACUGUGGUGAAAAAAUGACGUUAUGCAUAUCCGUGUUGCUUGCCUUGACUGUGUUCUUGCUGCUGAUCUCCAAAAUAGUCCCUCCAACAUCUCUAGAUGUUCCACUGAUUGGGAAGUAUCUCAUGUUUACAAUGGUACUAGUGACCUUCUCAAUAGUCACCAGUGUCUGUGUACUCAAUGUCCACCAUAGAUCUCCAAGUACUCACACUAUGCCUCCUUGGGUAAAGCUGGUUUUCCUUGAAAGACUCCCAGCCUAUCUGUUCAUGAAGCGUCCGGAAAAUAAUUCUCCACGGCAAAAGAUGUGUAACUGCAAAAAGACAAAAGCAGAGAAUCCUUGUAUGGAGGCAGCCGACUUGUACAAGAACUCCACAUAUUUUUUGAAUACAACCUCUGCCAAAAAAUAUGAUAUGAAAAACAGCGAGACUCUUGACAACAUCAGCAGUCACCGAGAUUUCAGAUUAAGAACAGGCACGAAAUUUUCUCCUGAAGUCCAAGAAGCCAUCGAUGGAGUCAGUUUUAUAGCAGAGCACAUGAAAAGUGAUGACAAUGACCAGAGCGUCAUUGAAGAUUGGAAGUAUGUUGCCAUGGUAGUGGACAGGCUGUUUCUCUGGAUAUUCGUCCUUGUUUGUGUUCUGGGGACUGUUGGAUUAUUUCUGCAGCCACUUUUUCAAAACCACACUGCUGCCAUGAACCCUUAG